AUGAGGCGUAACGUCAAAAUAUUGUUCCUGGUCGGUGUUGCAUGGUUUUUCGUGUUGUUCUAUUUCAUGCAAACCGAUUCGGCGCAGGCAAAGGAAGAAAACAUAGCUCUUCGGCUUAUAAAACAACACGCUGAUGUGGAGGAGACAGAGAGCAGCCCAGCUUCCUCCGAGGACUCUUACGGCACAGGAAGUACGGGCAAGACGUACUUCGAUGAAGGGGGCUACGUGGCGGGAGGUGCGAGAGACCACGACCCUUAUGUGCGGAACCGUUUCAACCAGGCCGCUUCUGACAACCUGCCGAGUAACAGACCCAUACCUGAUACGAGAAAUGCUAUGUGCCGCUUAAAGAAGUACGACGAGGACCUCCCGGAAACCAGUGUCAUAAUCACGUUUCAUAAUGAAGCGAGAUCGACGCUCCUGCGCACAAUUGUCAGUGUACUCAACCGGAGUCCGGAGCAUCUGAUAAAAGAGAUCAUUCUAGUGGACGACUUCAGUGAUAACCCUGAAGAUGGCGCGGCGCUCCGAGCAAUCCGCAAAGUUCGUGUCAUUCGCAACACGAAGCGUGAGGGUCUGAUGAGGUCCAGGGUGCGUGGAGCGGAAGCUGCCACGGCGCCCGUCCUUACUUUCCUCGACUCACACGUGGAGUGCAAUGUGCACUGGCUCGAGCCUCUCCUGCAGAGGAUAAAAGAGGAACCAACACGUGUGGUGUGUCCGGUGAUCGAUGUUAUCAGUAUGGACACGUUUCAGUACAUCGGUGCGUCGGCGGACCUUCGCGGCGGUUUCGACUGGAACCUGGUCUUCAAGUGGGAGUAUUUGUCACACGCGGAGAGGAGCGCCCGACUGAGCGACCCCACACAAGUGAUCAGGACACCUAUGAUAGCCGGAGGUCUGUUCAGCAUGGACCGGGAGUACUUCAACAAGCUAGGCAAAUAUGACAUGAAGAUGGACGUUUGGGGUGGCGAGAACCUUGAAAUAUCUUUUCGAGUCUGGCAAUGUGGCGGCUCGCUUGAGAUCGUGCCUUGUUCCCGAGUGGGACACGUAUUCCGCAAGCGGCACCCGUACACAUUCCCGGGGGGCUCGGGAGCCGUGUUCGCACGUAACACCAGGAGGGCAGCCGAGGUCUGGAUGGAUGACUACAAGGAACUUUACUACCGCUCUCAGCCGUUGGCCAAGCAGGUGGAUUAUGGAGACAUCUCCGAGCGCCUCCGGCUGCGCGAGAAGCUGCACUGCAAGCCGUUCCGCUGGUACCUGGCGCACGUGUACCCCGAGCUGCAGGUGCCGGCGCUGGGCGGCGCCGCGCACGCCAUCCGGCAGGGCCCGCGCUGCCUCGACACCAUGGGCCACCUGGUCGAUGGCACCUUGGGAAUGUACCCCUGUCACAACACGGGUGGCAAUCAAGAGUGGUAUUUCGAGAAUGGUCUGAUCCGCCAUCACACUCUCUGCAUCUCGCUGUCACCUGAUGACCGGGUGACGGCAGUGCUUGCCGCUUGUGACUCCUCAGACGACGCGCAGAUGUGGAGGAGACACGGCCAGAUGAUCAGGCACGCGAAGCUUGACGCCUGUCUGGAUUCGGACAGGCCUGCGCUGUAUCUAGAGCAAUGCGAUGACACUAAACUGAGCCAGCAGUUCUCGAUAUAA